AUUAAUGGUGCAGCACAAGCCCUGUGUGUACUGUUUGGGCGACACGGUUUCCUGAUUGCCCGUCACGUGGUACGUGGCUCAGGGUGUGUGUGUGUGACGGGGGGCAAACAUGGCGGAAGUGUCGAAACGUCAGCGCGGAGAGAAAAAAGGAGCGGCGCGCCGAGUAACGGGAUGAGAGGAGGGGGUUAAGACAUAGAGAGAGACAGACAGACACAUAGAGAGAGACAGACAGACAGAAAGAGUCACUUCGGGAUGGCGGAUGAAACCCUGACGCUGUUAAUCAAGCUGCUCGCUGCGGCUUUUUACGGCGUCAGCUCGUUCCUCAUAGUUGUGAUCAACAAAAGCGUUCUGACCAACUACAGGUUUCCUUCAUCGAUAUGUCUCGGAAUCGGGCAGAUGUUGGCCACAGUGCUGGUGCUGUGGUCCGGAAAGGCUCUGCGGGUGAUCACCUACCCCGGGUGGGAGUUCAAUAUCCUCAGCAAGACCUUCCCUCUACCUCUUCUAUAUGUAGGCAAUCAAGUAACUGGGCUGUUCGGAACAAAAAGGCUAAAUCUGCCAAUGUUUACAGUGUUGAGGAGGUUUUCCAUUCUCUUCACAAUGCUUGCUGAGGGACUCUUGUUAAAAAAGACCUUCUCUUGGCCAGUUCAGCUCACUGUAUUCACAAUGAUUUUUGGCGCUUUUGUGGCUGCAAGCGCCGAUCUGUCCUUUGACCUACAUGGCUAUGUGUUCAUCUUAAUGAAUGACGUUUUAACUGCUGCUAAUGGAGCCUUUGUGAAACAGAAGCUGGACUCUAAGGAGCUGGGAAAGUAUGGUCUACUUUAUUACAACGCUUUAUUUAUGAUCCUGCCUACACUCCUUUUGGCACAUGUCACUGGAGACAUGGACAAGGCCCUGGAGUAUGAUGGCUGGUCAGAUACACUCUUUGUUGGACAGUUUGUCAUGUCUUGCAUAAUGGGGUUUAUAUUGAUGUACUCCACGGUGCUCUGCACUCAGUACAACUCCGCAUUAACGACUACCAUAGUUGGCUGCCUGAAAAAUAUAUUAGUGACUUAUAUUGGAAUGGUGUUUGGAGGGGAUUAUAUUUUCUCCUGGACUAACUUCAUAGGUCUGAACAUCAGUAUUGCUGGUAGUCUGGUGUACUCGUACAUAACGUUUACAGAGGAACAGAGCAACAAGCAGGGCGAGAGCAUCAACAAGCUGGAGGUGAAAGGGAAAGUGGCUGUAUGAGCAGCACUUCAGCUCAAGGCUUUGAAGAAACCGGAUCAUUUAGUGUUGUAACUUCGAGCGACCCAGAAUGUGAAGAGCAAAACACGUCAAGACCGACGUACAAACAUCGCCAACGAACAAGAAAAGACACGUCAAGCUGCCAAGUUUGGUAUGAUGUGAUUGCAAAAGAUUAAAACAAAACUUUGGUCAUGUUUCUCAUUUAUCCUCCAGCUGUACCUCCCAGAGUUAGUUUCUUCAUUUUUUUUUAUGUAUGUUUAUGGGAGAUCUAGACUGUAUUUUUCUUUUGUAUGCUCAACUUGAAUUUUUAUAUUUUCUUAUUAAACUAAACAAUAUGACUUGUCAUUUAUGGCAGCAUUAUGCCAUUUUUGUUUUGAAUGUGCCAUGCUCUUGAUAUUUUAUCUUAGUGUUUUAUGUUAGUAGAAGGCUUUUGAUAAGGUUUUUUUUUUCUUCAGUAUUAAAUGUCUUUGUAGACGUUCCACCUGCUAGAAUCAUGUAGUACCUUUUUGUUUUGUUUUUUGUUUUCACUGUGCAAACUUUCUUCUAAAGUGAACAAUGCACUUUAAACAGGUCACAGGUACUUUUUUUUUUGGUCAAAAUGAGCAAUGAGGAAACUUCUACUGUAGGUUAGUGAAAACUUGCAUUUAUAUGAUGAUAGAAAAAAGAAAAGAAAAUGAAACGAUGUAUGUCCUACAUAUGUCAGUGUUAAUAUCAAUGGUACUUUUUGACCAAGUCAAAAUGAGAAGUUCAGUCAGUGCUAUCUAGAUGUCAUACAUCUGGAAUCCUCUGUAAUUUGGCUGUAUCCAGUCUGUAUAUUUUUUUUUGCCUGCAUAUAAGACACAUAGACAUUAAAGCAUUUAUUACAAAGUUGAAUUUUUCUUUCCUCAAUGAAUGCUCAGUUUUCCAGCUGAAGUAUGUUACAGUUAGAGGUCUUAGUUAUUAAUGUGUUCCUUUUUGGUUAUGGAUAUUUUUUCCAAGAGCCUCACAGAACACUGAAAACAUUGAGACAUGGACACAGCUUGUAUUUACCCAUUGUAUUUUUUUCAUUAGGUACAUUUUGUUUGUUUUCUUGUUUUUUUGUAUUUUGUUUAUAUGAACAAAGAGCUCAGUGACUGUAGCAAUGCAAAAACGGGCUUGAAUGUGUUAUUAAAAUACCUCACUUUU